AUGGAGCUCUCCAUUUCGUUUCCCUUGGAGAAUUUCUCAAUCAUCGGAAUUGCUCAGCCAGAUUCACAGAUUUAUGAACCAGAGAAAAUGCGCACCCCUGGACUCACCGCUGUUGCCGCGAAAACGUCACAUGUCAAUCUGAUGACAGACACCGUCAUCGCGAACCUCAACCCUGAGACAUUACGAGCUGUUAUUCGGUCGAUGCUGGCGGGAGACCAGGAAGGACAACUGGCCAGCACAUUUCAAAAGCAUGUGCAAAAAUACCUACAACGAGACAACGGAGUCUUGCCCGUCACCGCGUCGCUCAACUUGCACGGGGAAGCACCGUUCCACAAAACCAUGGAAAGCAUCAACAACCUCCGAAUGCGAAUCCUGGCACUCCUUGGGUGCGGCCUGCCGUUUGAAAGUCUCGAGAUAGUUGCGGGAAUCGUUCGGCACUCCGCGCCGCUUCUACGCCGGGUCGACUUGGCAGAUGAAGAUACUUUGCUAUCUACGCUGGCCGCCAUCGAUGCUGACCUGGUCCAAGCUUCGACAGCCAUCCAGUCGUAUCUCAUGAAGAAUGGCAACCGGAGCCGUCUGUCUGAAUGCCAGGUACGAGCGCUAGUAGAGCUAAAGCAGGGCCUGGACGAAUGUCAAAGACAAAGCGACGCCCACGGAACAGAAUUCGCCUUCGAGCGGGGGAUGGAUAUGCUAGACGAGAUCCUCGCGAUGGUGAAACGAUGA